AUGGCCCCCCUCAACGAAGCUGUUAAAGUCCAUCGGACGCGUCUGGAGGGUGCGAAGACGGUGGUGUAUGAAGGUGUUAUGGAUCCAACUUGGAAUAUUGGAAAUGUUCCGUGUGGAGGCUAUUCCCUUGCUCUAAUACUGGAGGCUUGUAUCCAGCACCAAGCAAAGACUGAACAUAUCGACCCUCUGCAUAUCUCUGCGCAUUUUUUUAAACCUACCAACUCGAAUCUUCCGUUCAGGAUUCGUGUUUCGACGGUCAAGUCGGGGCAGACUAUCACGAAUUUGACGGCAGAUCUUUUACAAGCUGAUGAACUGAGGAUCACCUCCCAUGCGAUGUUUGGGUCCAAUGUUCCUUCCCCUUCGUCCUCCCCGCAGGACAACUUUAUCUUGCAACCACCCUCUCCCUACGCCCGACGCAUCCCAAUCUAUUCUCACCCCUCUCAAGCCACCCGGCAACCCAUGUUCGAAGUCUGGAAAGACAAAGACCACGUUUCCUGGGCUUGGGAUGAGCAGACUCUCGCCCAGAACCGGCCCGACCAUCCCAACAGAAAGAAGGUAGGGAAGGAUAGUGUGGGCGGAGGAGGAACGGAGUGGGCUGCGUGGUAUCAGUUCACCGCUCCGACUGAGAAGUUGUCGAGUGCGUAUAUCCCGUUUUUGGCGGAUAUGUUUGUGAAUACGACGCAUUUGAUUCCGGAGGAGGAGGGUGGGGAGCCGGAGGCUGCAGCAUGGUCUCCGACUCUAACCCUCGCCAUCGACUUCAAGUUCCCAAUCCGCCUGCUCACUCCCGAGUGGCACGCACGCAGGACAGCGGGGUUGUACUCGGCUGGUCGGUUCAUUAAUUACCCUCAAGGCCGACAUGAUAUCUACGUCGAGGUUUGGAGUGCACCCUCGGAGAUUGGUGAAGGUGCACCGCCGAAGGAGGGGUGGAGAGAGAAGCAGGUGUGUUUGGCGGUUGCGACGCAGAUGGCGUUGACGCUGCCUGUGGCUGUUAAUUUGAGGAAUGGGAAGAGGAAGGGUCAAGGAGGGGAAUCGAAAUUAUAG